AAAUUUGCUGGUCGUGUGUAAUGACGCUACUAACGGAGCGUCGUGCCAUUUGGUGUGGUUAUAUGUGCCGUGGCUGGCUCGCAGUGACAUGCACUGCGGAGGACUGAAAUCUUCUCUGGCUUGCACACACAGCGAACACACGCACGCAUACUGGACCCAUUACUGACAGACCGACAUCGGAAAGAGGAUACAACCAUCUGAAGCCAUUUUACUCCAGCAGAGAAAUAGGGAUAAUCGAGUUAGAAUUCUAAUUAUUCCCGUUUGUUCUGAUUCCUGUGUGUGUGGAUACGGCGGUGUACGUGUACGCAGCCUUCGACAUUCGCUCCUGGUCGACAUUAUGUGAGCGGCCGGAGAUGGAACGAUUCGUACUGUAAACGAUAUGAACCGUUUGCCAUUGUGCAAGUGUAACGGUAUUGGGCAACGGGCAGUGCGGGUUUACAACAGCUUGUGCAGCCAGCGAGCAGCGGCCGUUAUUUACAAAGGUGCAAGUAUCAACAGCAGUCUAACGGAAUGCUAAAUACAAUGGAGCUCGGACUGGAAUUUAUUCCUUGGCCCGCAACCCGGUGAGUUCAGAUGUGCAAGACGCUACCUCGUCCUCUCCCCGAUGAUCGAAUGCCUGCACAGAGCAAAGACAAGGUGACACGGUCUACACACAACAAACAUGGAUGCUAUAUCAUUUUGUGCACCAUUGGUGGUGCUGCUGUCCAUCAUUUUAUCCAUCUUUCCGCAAGGAUGCCUUGCGUCCGAGGCAGAGGAGAGACUCUUUAAUACUUUAUUCACCGGAUACAAUCGGCUUAUCCGUCCAGUGCGAAACAAUACGGAUACGUUAAAGGUUGAGUUUGGGCUGACCAUGUCGCAACUUAUUGAUGUGGACGAAAAAAAUCAAAUUAUGACAACGAAUGUGUGGCUGAAACAGCAAUGGUUUGACUACAAGUUAUCCUGGAAUCCAGAAGAGUAUGACGGGAUCAUGAUACUUCGCGUACCAGCCCUGAUGAUUUGGCUUCCAGAUAUUGUGCUUUACAACAAUGCCGACGGAAAAUACGAAGUCACAUUAAUGACAAAAGCUCUGGUAUAUUCCGACGGGACAAUAUAUUGGCUUCCACCGGCCAUCUACAAGAGCUCGUGCAAGAUAGACGUCCGGUACUUCCCUUUCGACCAGCAGGAAUGCAUCAUGAAAUUCGGCUCCUGGACGUACGAUGGCUUGUUGAUCGACCUGAUGCCCCUGGGCGGGCCCGAUGUGGAUUUGGAGGACUAUUGGCAGAGCGGGGAGUGGUAUAUCAUCGGCACGCCUGGUACCAAACACACGGUGAAGUACCCCUGCUGUGACGAGAUCUACACGGAUAUCACUUUCAAUAUGAUCAUCCGCAGGAAGCCCCUGUUCUACACGGUCAACCUGAUCCUGCCGUGUGUCCUCAUCUCCUUCCUAACCGUGCUGGUCUUCUACCUUCCAUCGGACUCUGGUGAGAAGAUCACGCUGUGUAUCUCGGUGCUGCUCGCCUUGACUGUGUUCUUGCUCCUGAUUGCCGAGAUCAUCCCUCCUACGUCCUUGCUCAUCCCGCUCAUCGGUCGGUAUCUUCUCUUCACCAUGGUCCUUGUCACCCUGUCAAUCGUCAUAACCGUUAUUGUCCUAAACAUCCACUACCGGGCCCCCAGUACGCACAUCAUGCAGCCCUGGGUACGACGCGUCUUUCUGGAGAUCCUACCACCCCUCUUGUACAUGAAACGCCCUCAGCGGUACCCCAGUAAGGCCAACAAGGGCACUCAGAGAGACCCUAAUUACUUUGAGCUGAAAGAGGUGGUCCACAAGGAUGCAGACUCGACGCGGAGUAACGGUAGGGACAUAUAUGACAAUCACCAUUCGGGCUUCAAACUCAGGACACUGUCGGACGACGUGGCCGGCAGUGAUGGCGAAUCCUCCAAGUCCUCCGGUGGUACUCGCUUCUCCAAGGAGUUUAAGCAAGCGGUUGACGGCGUGCGGUUUAUUGCCACACAUCUAAAAACCGAAGAAGAUUACAACAGGAUGACAGACGAUUGGAAAUACGUUGCCACAGUGAUUGAUCGGAUCUUCCUAUGGGUGUUUCUCAUCUGUGUCAUCUGUGGUACCAGCGGUAUUAUCCUGUCGGCGCCGCUCAUAUUCGAGCCGGUCCUGGAACAGGACGACAGCAUCUGAUUGGAAUUGUUUGCUGUGCAUUGUGGGUUGGUUGGUUGGUGUCGCUUUUAUCCACAAGAACUAAACAUUGCAUCAGGUAGACAGUGUAGCCUCUUGAGAAGCUUGGACGAAUAUAUUUAUUUUUCUUCACGGAGUAUCUUGUCAUGUGCCACGGCACGUUUGGCAAUUGCAGAUCUCACGGGGAAAUAUACCUGCCACGUGGACGGAAGCACCUUCGGUUUGGGAAAUGGAGGUCCAUUUCAUACACCCAACCAUCGGAGUGAGCCGCACAAACUUGUACAUACGCGCAUUUCAAUGGACUUGGUGCUUAUACCAGACACUGCUGUUCGGUUUUUGCAGGAAACUACGAGAAUCGGAUUUUUUGUUUCUUCCAACGGUUGUGAAACCGUCAACGAGUAAUGUAAGAUACCUAUUAACGUGCUUUGGACUACGGUUCACAGGUUAUUAGCGCCCAUGUAAGUUACGUGGAAUGUUCAGUUCUUUCAGUGAUUGUAACUUGAUGCAGAUACUUCUGUUGGAGGUUGUGUGGAGCUCGAAUACAGCUGCAGUUAAGCUGCUGAUGGAAAGGAGCUAGGUCGUUUGGUCCUCUUGGUGGCGCCUUUCAUAUCGGAGUGGUCAUGGCGCAACACAUAAAUAAUCUUUCUACCUGGACGGCAACUUUGUGUCGUAUAUGAAUUUAUGAAGCAUUUUUUUGUACAGCUACUUCAUUGCGUUUGCCAUAAUAUUGGCACCAGCAAUGAGUUAGAUAUGUAAACUGUUGGUGAUAUUUACAUGGUUAUCUGUCAUUGAAGAGUAACCAGAAACAAUAUGAAACAUCAAACGUAAUUUUAAUUGUCGCUGGUACCUUAUUUAUCAUCUAUUUAUCUCUGAAUACAGCAUUUCAGCUUCUUUGCAAAGUAACCAUGUGAGGUUGGUCAGUCAACUGAAACGUUGGAGCGUUUGAGUAGUGAGUGUUGAACUUAUUUACUUAAUUUUUGUUUUCCAUUUUAACGUCUUGUAAAUUAACCCUUGAAUAACAUUAGAUUUUUUUAAUGUAUAAAGAUGACUUUGCAAUAUGAGUGAAUUAUCAUAUACAGUGGCAGGACCCACGAAUCACUUUUUGUAGUUAUGUAAUUAUAACAAUCUGGUAUACAUAUUUCUGGCGGGACUGAAUGGUGGCGUUCACCAGCGAAUCACCAAUCAUGCUGACAGCAUGCUAAACGAAAAUAGAAGCAGUACAUAUCUUUCAUUGGACAGUUUUACAGUCAAAUUACCACAAAAAAGUAUUCAUGUGUCAUGUUGCCGACAUCUUUUUUGCAGGCUUUUUCUUGGCAAGUCUUUCGGGUGGAACUAAAGUACUUGUUCUGUGAAUGUGUUCCGGUUUAUUGUAAAUAUGAAGGUGUACCAAUUGUGGUUGGUAAAAAGGGCUCUGUGGUGGCAUUUUGUAAUAAUGAUUAUCGUAAAUCAUAUAAUAAUGACGACGAUACGGGUCUGUGGGUAGGCUGUUAAUUUAUACAAAACAGCUGGGUACACUGAUGCAAUUCAUACCAUAUUACUGCAUGUUAAGCGUAUGUAUUCUGAGACAUAAAAGGUUUUCAUUAGAGUGACUGGUAAGAGAAAGAAACCUGAAGGUAUUGUUUACGGUUUGCGUCAUAACUGACAUUUGUGGUAAACCAUUGUGAAGUUGCCAAGCUGUUCAUCUUUGAGGUUUAACUUCGUUGCCCAUUUAUUAGGUAGUAAUUAUUUUUGCCGCUAUAUACUUGCACUCAUGUUUGACCUCGAAGGUUUCCAUGGUAUAUGUUAUACUUCAUGACACGUGGUACAUGCAUUGACAGAAAUACAUAAUAAGGAUCAUGUGUAGUGACUUCAAAUCAUUGCUAUUGACCAGCUGUUUUUUUGCUGGAGUGAGGCCAUUGGUGUACAGUUCAUAAAACAUCUAAACUGUUCAUUAAAAUAAGUGGAAAUCUUCCCGAAUCGCCUACCAUACAUAAGCGCUACUUAAACUAUAUUUCACAAAAUAUGCGUGGCUUAUUAUUCGUCCUUCAAUUCCCACAAUGCAUUGUCAUUAAUGCCUUGACAACACACCUCCGGUUGUCGAUUCCAUCCAUAAUAGUUUCUUUGGAGGUAUUUCCCGCCUCUCAAUUUCAUCCAAGUUCACAAAAUUCAUGAUGUCAGAGGAGAUGCGCUAGAAGGUCAUUGUCAGUUUCUAUGUAUAUAGCUUUUGAAUGUAAGAAAAUUAGAGUUUACAUACGGGCUUGUCUCUGGUUUGUUUUUUGUUUUCCCUUUUCACUGAUUGCGUCUAAAUUGCUUAAAAUCUGGUUACUACAUACUCUUGCUGUAUGUUACUACAUGGUCGAACUGCCCUGACAAACAUGUAUUGGGCGGAACCGUCUAAAUCCACUUGUUGGAUUUUGUGUCAAUAAUCUGCAAUUCUUCCUUCAAAAAUGUCUGAUAUAAGAGGAUUCAUAAGAAGUAAAGCAAAGGAUUUACUUGAUAUAGUUUCACGAUAUAGUAUCAGUCGAAAACUGUGUUAGGCACACAGUCUUUUAAAAGUCCCCUGUUUAACCUUUUCCGUUUUCUGAUGGCAACGAAAGAUUGGAAGACAGCAUCACACGUAAUGACCUUUUUAGAUUUUAUUUGUAUAUUUGCAAUUUGUUUAGUAAUAUGACUGAUUUUUUGUUCUCUAUUUACUUGCUUAUGCUGUUUUUUGGCUGACGGUCUAGUUAGACCAUGACAAUGCUUUAAUUCAUGAGAUAUUUCUUCUAAACUUUGUGCUGUUUAUGUACGCGUAUAGACGUACACCUGAGUUUGAAAACUGGUUUAUUGUAUAACCGCCGGUCGGGUAUUUUCAGGUUUCCAAGAAGAUUUCCAUUUACUGCAAGCGGUGGAGUACAAUGAGGAAACGCCCUAUUCUGACUGACCGUAGGAUUUGUACUUUUCAUAAAUUUAUUCUAAAUUGAUUUCCGUAGGUUUUGAUGUGAGCUCGGAAUAUUAUUGAGGCACACAAAUUAAGCUAGUUCAAAUGCUUAACGCUAGCACGAAGGUACAGAAAACAGUGGAAAUUGGCGAAAGUCCUCAUGAUGUUCAAAUUCAGAAACUUGAUUUUACUGAAGGAAAAAACUGUAAGUUGAUCAAUUUCCUCUUCUUGUUUUAUUUGAUUAUUUAAAAAGUACGACCUGCCGUCUAUCUAUGCCAUUGGACAUUGGUCAGUCUUGCUUUUGGUUCAUUAUAUACUUCCAAGAGAAUGUUGCUCCACAAAAGCAAAUAAAGGGACAUGAAUUUAAA